AAAUUAUGUGGCCGACAAGUCCUGCUUGAUAUGCUUAAAAAUGCUGAAAGAGAAAGGCAAACUGAGCUCCAGGGCUUGUUGGAGCAUCGGGCUGUAUCAAAUUUUGCCCAUCGCAACCGCAUUCAGUCAUGCUGAGGGGUAGAUUCCUGAGAAAUGGCAGAAUGGGUGAAGGUAACAGAUCUACCUCUGUUGCAGCCAGCGAAUUAGGCUUAUUGAGACAAAAACAGACCGUAUCUGGUCUAAGGGAAGGGUUUUUCUCCAGACUGGAUAAUUCUGGUUCUGGUCCUGCGAGCAGUAAUCAAUCUGAUACAUCAUCUAGUGCUGAUUCCAAUGCUGAUAGAAAUGAGCAAAACCAACUAAGUAACUCACUGGAAAUCACAGAUGGAGCAAUUGAAAACCCUGAACAUGAGAAUGACCAAACAAAUAAACAAAGGUUGCUGGGUGGUAGAACUGAUUUAGGGGAUGAUGCUGUUGAAGAUAUAAAUUGGCAGGAAUCCUCUGCUCGGGUAGAAGAGUGGCGGGAACGAGUUUCUGCAAGUGUUGCUAGAGACUGGCAGUGGUCUUUCAGUGAUGAGUCCAAUGAGAAUAGAGAUGCUAGUGGAGAAAUCUUGGAUGGGGACUGGCAAGGAAAUCUUGCUAAUGAGUCGUCUCUUGAAACUUCGCCGAAUGAAGCUGUAGAACAUACUAAUCUACAAGAAGCUUGUUCAACUUCUUAUGAACUUUCUUCCGAAAAUGGUGGAAGAAAUGAGACCUAUGGGUUAAUGAAUGACUUACAAAAUUUGCAAAGGAAUCCAGUAGCACAGAUUGAUGGGCAAGAAUCUGCUUCUCAAGUGGAACAAUGGCAAGAGGAGGAUCAGGAAACUGUGGAAGCUGACUGGCAGGAAGCUAGCGUUGAGUAUAAUGAAUUCAUGGAUGGUAAUGAAGAAGCCUCUGACAUGCACCAUGAGGAUGGAGGCUUCCACGAAUCUACACGGGAUUGGUUGGAGGGAUCUUACAAUCUAGAACCUGUUACCAUUGGGAGAACUGAUACAUUUUAUUUUCCUGAUGCUGAUAAUGUACACAGUACGGAGCUGAGGGAACUGUUGAGCAGGAGAAGUGUGUCUAAUCUUCUUCGUAGUGGUUUCCGUGAGAAUCUUGAUCAGUUGAUACAAUCUUAUGUGGAAAGGCAAAAUCAUGCUUCUGUUGAUUGGGAGCUGAAUGGAACAUCUCCUCCUGCGUCUGUUGAGCAAGAUAUGGAGCAGCAAAGCGGGGAUCAGAAUGAUAGCCAUGGGGAUGCUGAGACUACUCCACCUGCUCUUCCUUCACCCAGGAUGCCACCUAUGCAACAACUCUGGGACCAGGAUUCACACCAUUAUAAUUGGGCACCACAUGAUGCCCAUCAACGCUUCAGUAUUGAGUGGGAGAUCGUUAAUGAUUUGAGUAUAGACAUGGCUACGCUGCAGCAAAGGAUGAAUAAUAUGCAGAGGAUGCUGGAGGCCUGCAUGGAUAUGCAACUCGAGUUACAGCGGUCAAUAAGACAAGAAGUUUCUGCUGCCCUUAACCGUUCUUCUGGUUCACAAGGGAUGAUCAAUGACAACUUACCCAAAGACGUGUCUAACUGGGACAAUGUCAGGAAAGGAAUUUGUUGUAUAUGUUGCGAAGGCAAUAUUGAUUCCUUACUGUACAGAUGUGGGCACAUGUGCACAUGCUCAAAAUGUGCUAAUGAGCUGGUUCAUGGUGAAGGGAAAUGUCCAAUGUGUCGGGCACCGGUUGUCGAGGUCAUCCGUGCUUACUCGAUCCUUUAAGAUCAAAAGUAUUUAUAUAUCUAAUAAAAAGAAAAAAAAAUAGAAAAACCAUAGAAAAUUUUCAUCAGUUUUUUUUUUUACUCUGGAUCACUCCAGGUAUCUUAUUUUCCUUUUUCUCUCAUUUCCUUAUUUCCGCGUUUCUU